UCCGACUCAAAAGAACGGGCAUCGAUAGUGUAAAUGUCAAUGCACCUCAGUUGUGCAGAAUAAGCACACGAGCUUCAGGGAAGUUUAAGUAUUUUGAAUGUGCUACUUACCCAGAAUGAUUAGUGCACUGUAUUUUUGACGUUUACAGUAACAGAAAGACGCUGUUCCUUCAUAAUCAGAAACUAAUUAGACAGUGACAUCCUUGCUGCAUUAAAUGAAUCUGACCACCUCCUCUUGUCUGCUGCUUUUGCGAUCAGUUUCACGCAAUAUACAUCGUGCGAAUAUACACCCAUUAAUCUCACGUCUUUACACUGAGGGAUUCUCACAGACUACAGCAGAGCUGUGUAAAGCCCAACUACAGAAAGUCAGAGGUCAGGAGCAGCGUUUUAAAAGAAGAUUGCAUUCGAUUCACAGGAAGUUUGCCAAUGUGCCAGAAAAUUCAGAGUUUCAGGGGCACCAUCAUGUAUACUUUGAAGAUGGCAAAGGAAUCUACAGAUCGACCCCGGGACACGGUGAGCAGGAGAUGGUGGAGGUGUUCAGAGCAGACUGGGGAGGAGAUGGAUAUGGAAGCAUCCAGAGGGUCAGACUCUCUCCAACAGAGAUCAUGCUGGCCACCACUGUAAAGAAAGACCACCAUGAGGAGACCAGAUGCAUGUUGGUCCAUCUAGGUGGUGUCAACCUUCAUCAAAAUGCCAUCUUGGUUUUAGACAACGUGCUCAGCUUUGAAUGGGCUGCAGAUGACGUCCUCUUCUACAGCACACAGGAGGCUCUUCGUUGCCUGCGUGUUUUCCGUCUUCAUCUCAGUGAUUCUGGUGUCCAAACCACGCUUGUUUAUGAAGAAAAGGAUCCAGAGUUCUUUGUGGAGGUCAGUCGUUCCAGAGACCAGAGGCUGGUGACCAUUAACUGCAGUAGUAAGAUCAGUUCUGAGGUGUGGUUUGUUGACAGCAAGACUCCACUUCAUUCCCCCACCCUCAUCCAGUCCCGUCAUCCUGGUCUACUUUACCAUGUGGAGCACUCGGACAACCACCUGUUCAUCCUUGCUAACACUGGACAACAUCAGGAGUAUCAGCUGCUCAGGGCACCAUUAGCCUCUCCGUCCAUGCCACACUGGGUGCCUGUGUUCAGUGCCCUUCCAGGAACAGUCAUUAAAGAUAUGGAGCUGCUUCAGGAUCACUGCGUGUUCACAGUAAAGGAUUCACAGUGUCGAUUUCAGAUCCAGACUCUUACCACACAAGAGCCCUAUCAGUUAAACACUCUCCAGCUUCCCUACUGGGCCUGUGAUUUAUCACCACAGCGUGUUGGGACUGUUGACAGAGGGUCAUUUGGUUUUCUCCUGUCCUCCCCAGUGCACCCACCUGUACGCUACCUCUAUUCCUCCAGAAAACAAAAGCUCUCCAUAACAGACGCCCGGUAUAUCUCCCUCCCUGAGUUUAACACUACACGCCUGCAGGCAGCCAGUCAGGAUGGUACAAUGGUGCCUUUGACUCUCCUCCAUAUGCCUGCAUUAUCUGAGCUGCAUAACGCUCCACUGCUUCUGCAUGUAUAUGGAGCGUAUGGUGUUGACCUCGAUAUGUCCUUCAGUCCUGAGAAGAGACUGUUGCUGGAGGACGGCUGGGCUUUGGCCUACUGCCAUGUCAGGGGUGGUGGUGAGUGUGGUCUGGCGUGGCAUCGAGCGGGCUCUGUGCUGCAGAAGCGGAGGGGAGUGGAAGAUCUUGCUGCUUGCAUCCAGACUCUUCAUCAUUUGGGAGUGUCUCAUCCUGCUCUAACCGCCCUCACCGCUCGCAGUGCUGGAGCUGUCCUAGCGGGGGCGUUGUGCAACCAUAACCCACAGCUUCUUAGAGCUGUAAUUCUACAGGCUCCUUUUCUGGAUGUUCUUGGCACAAUGCAAGACGCUUCCCUGCCGCUUACUGUUGAGGAGAGGGGGGAGUGGGGAGACCCCCAUAUAAGGGAACACAGGGACAACAUUGCCUCUUACUGUCCCUGCCACAACAUUAUACCUCAGCUUUACCCAUCAAUUCUGAUCACUGCAUAUUCAGAAGAUCGCAGAGUUCCUUUAUCUGGGGUCAUGAAGUAUGUGGAAAGACUAAAGAAGGCCAUCCAAAUGUGUACCACUCGGGUUGGUGUUAACGCACGUGACCCAGAUGUCAUUCUGAACAUGCAGCCAGGAGGUGAUCACUUUGGCCCUGAGGAUUUUCAUCUGUCCUUGAAUGAGAGUGCCCGGCAGUUAGCCUUUCUUUACACGGAACUUGGACUAGACCACCAAAAAACUCGACGGAGACAAAAAAAAAAAAAAAAAAAAAAAAAAAGCUCAAAUAACCUAACUAGCAAGUCCCAUAAACACUGAAAAAAAUUUGUUUGUGUAUGUGUGAAUGAAAAACAAGCAGACAAAAAGUUAUUUUUUAAUAAACCAAACAAUUUUGUUUCAUA